AUGGCUAAGAAUAAGGCCAAGAGAGUCGCCAAGACGAAGGGCCAUAAGAAGGCCAGCAUCCCACCAAAGGCGUUACCCGUGACACUACUGUCUGGAUUUUUGGGCGCUGGCAAAACGACACUUCUGCAGCAUAUCUUGAGAAGCGAGCAUGGCCUCCGAAUCGCCGUGGUAGUCAACGACAUCGGAGCCAUCAACGUCGACGCUUCCCUCAUCAAACAAACCCACCGUCUCACAAAGACCCAAGAAAAGGUCAUCGCCCUCCAAAAUGGCUGCAUCUGCUGCACUCUCCGUGGAGACCUGCUAGAAGAACUCGUCCGUCUGGCUCAGCUGCAGGAGUUCGAUUACAUAAUCAUCGAAAGUAGUGGUAUCAGUGAGCCAGAACAGGUCGCUGAGACAUUUGACUCUCGACUGGCGGAACAGAUGAAGGCGAUGGGAUCGGUCGAGGGCGUUCCAGGGCUGGAUGCUGAUAUGAUAAAGACUCUUGAACAACUUAAGGAGGCUGGUGGUCUUGAGAAGUUUGCGAGGCUUGAUACUACCGUUACAGUCAUCGAUGCCUUCACUAUGCUGCACGACUUUGACACGGAUGAUCUGAUUUCGUCCCGUCGAGAUGAUGUUACACCAGAAGAUGAGCGGACAGUAUCAGAUCUAAUGGUUGAUCAGAUAGAGUUUGCCGAUGUCAUUAUCCUUAACAAACUUGAUAUGGUUGAUCAGUCGACCCGACCUCGACUUUUGGACUUGAUCAAGAAGCUCAACCAUCGCGCCAAAAUUCUCGAAUCUAGCUACGGAAAGGUAGAUGUCAAGCAGAUUGUCAACACAGGAAUGUUCAACCUCGAGGUUGCUCAGUCUGGUUAUGGAUGGCUCCAGGAUCUCCAUGAUAUGACCGUCCGUGAGGUCAACGGCCGUAAAGUAGUGACUCCAAAACCUGAGACUGAGGAGUACUCAGUUCGCAGCUGUAUCUACAGUCGUCAUCGGCCAUUCCAUCCUCGUCGGCUUUGGGCGUUGCUGUAUGAUAAGUUCAUCUUGCAACUUGAGCAGCCCGAAGAUGAAGAGGACGACGAGGACGACGAGGAUGAAGAUGACGAGGGUGAAGAAAAAGAUGGUGAUGAAGACCUCGAAAUGGUCGACUACCCAGACGCUGGAGAUAUAGUCUCAGAUGCUACAAGCACCGACCAAGACGUCCAAGACUCAUCUUCGUCAGGAGGGAAACGCUCGGCUCCCUCAUCCCCAAGGAGCUCACACUCAACCAUCGAAACAGCCCCAUCACCCGAACCAGCAUCAAAGAAGCAAAAGCUAGACGACGCUGAGAUACCUGAGUCCGGCGAACUUUGCCCACCAUCCAACGAAGUCAUUCUCGAGACAAAGCGCAAACACCCCGUCUUCGCUCGUCUUUUCCGUUCCAAGGGCGAAUUCUUCCUAGCGACCCGUCCUCACCGCGCGGGAGACUGGUCGCAAGCCGGAGCCAUGCUCACCAUGACUGGCGGAAGGCCGUGGUUUUGCACUCUACCACCCGAGGAGUACACCACUGGUGACCCAGAAGUUGAUGGCUUGGUUCAGCAUGAUAUCAAGAAGGGCGGCGAGUGGGGUGAUCGUCGACAGGAGCUUGUGUUCAUUGGAGAGAGGUUGAACCACGAGGCCAUCGAGAGUAUACUUGAUGAGUGUCUGUUAACUGAUGAUGAGUUCUCGGAUUGGGAGGUUGUGAUGAGAGAUGGUACCAAGAAUGAUGAACAGAAGCGUGAGGCGCUGGAGGACUUGUUUGAUGAUGGCUUUCCAGAUUGGUCAGGGGAUGGAGCGGAAGACCAUGAAGGACAUGAUCAUUCGCAUCCUCAUGGUCUUCGGUCGAUAAAAGCGCAUAUUCAAGAGGUAGACUAG